UGGGAAGUCCACAUGGACUACUGUCAUUCGUUUCGCGGUUGUUUCCUUUUAUGCCAAAGUCGCUUUUAUUUCAGCUUUUUUGCCCGCUAAACCGCCCAGAAUGGAUGUAAAAACCAUAACCAAUGGUGGCACAACGUCUGUAAGGGACUCAAACUCUGUCAAACUUUUCGUAGGCCAAGUUCCCCGGACUUGGGAAGAGAAAGAUUUGCGACCUAUCUUCGAACCCUAUGGUCAAAUUUACGAACUUACGAUACUAAAAGACAAAUACACCGGGCAGCAUAAAGGAUGCGCGUUUUUAACUUUUUGCUCAAGGGAUGCUUGCAAUGCCGCCCAGAAACAUCUACACGAGAAGAAGACUUUACCAGGGAUGCAUCAUCCUAUUCAAGUCAAACCAGCAGAUAGUGAAACCAAAUCAGGUGAAGAGAAUAGAGAUGAUCGUAAGCUAUUUGUUGGAAUGAUCUCUAAACAUGCCAAGGAGGAAGACUUAAGAGUUAUGUUCUCACCCUUUGGCACGAUAGAAGAACUAACAGUUUUAAGAAAUGCAGACUCUACAAGUAAAGGUUGUGCCUUCAUAAAAUUUGCCAACAGAAUGCAGGCGCAGAAUGCCAUAGCAACAAUGCAUAACAGCACUACAAUGGAGGGUUGUUCCUCUCCCUUAGUUGUCAAAUUCGCAGACACAGAGAAAGAAAAACUACAGAAAAAAAUGCAGCAUUUAGCAGCUUUUGGAGGCAUGGCAUUUGGAGGGGCCUCUCCUGGAUUUCCCCUUGCUUACAAUCCAGCCUUAUCACAACAGUUGCAACAGGUGGCCAAUUCAGGGCUCCCCACUGGCUUUGGUGUAGUGCCGGGACUUAAUCCAGGUAUUCUACAGCCUGGAGGUCUAGGAGCUCUUGUCGCGGCGACAGUAAUGGCGCAACAACAGCAACAACAACAAGGAAACGCAAUCCAGAAUAACAUGACAAGCGGCACAAGUGGUAUAAUGACCAGCACUGUCAAUACCUCUCAAUCAAAUGCCUCGCCUAUGGGGCUAGGGGUACAGGGCGUGGCUGGCAUGGGGGGAAUGGGUAUGGGUGUGGCCGGGAACCCCACCCUUGCAUCGCUAGGGAUGGCAAACAUGGCCGGUCUGGGUGGUGUAAACAGUAUUGGCAACACAGUCCCCUCGAUGGACACUAUCUCUCAAGCAUACUCUGGUAUCCAACCAUAUAGUGCUGCUUUUCCUACCGUCUACAAUCAGGCUUUGUACCAACAAACAGCAAGACAACCCCAAAAAGAAGAGUCGCAUUACACCCCAGGUCCAGAUGGCUCCAAUUUAUUUAUCUACCACCUGCCGCAAGAGUUCACAGACGCUGACCUGAUGCAGACUUUCCAGCCCUUUGGCACCGUUAUUAGCGCCAAAGUGUUUAUAGAUAAACAAACUAACAUGAGCAAGUGUUUUGGUUUCGUAAGUUAUGACAAUGUUAUGUCCGCACAAAACGCCAUCCAGCACAUGAAUGGAUUCCAGAUUGGCGCCAAGCGACUUAAAGUCCAACUUAAGCGACCAAAGGACGCUAACCGUCCUUACUGAGAUCACGUGACUUGUGCUGAUUGUCUGUCGCGUCCUCGUCGUUUGUUGCAGUGGCGUCGACCUUUGCGCAUGUCCGUUGGUAGUGUUCACGUGAUCACCUCGUGAUGACAAGUAGUAUCGCACGUGAUGUGUGUGUUUUUUUUCCUUAUUAGUCUUGUUUCUCGUGUUUUUGGGCUUGGCUCGAGGCGGAAUACUGAUGAACAAAGCUGGUCUGAUUAAAUCGCUGAAAAACCUGCACGUGAAACAAAUGAAUCACGUGUCCAUUGUUGAUUACCGACAAACAGCAGCGUCAGCGGGUAAUACCGAUUGUUCGAACCAAUUUAACAGGUUUCGUUUUCUAGUUUAUCAGGUUAUUCCGGAUCGAGCCUGCCCUGGCAUGUUGGUUUAUGUAGCGUAGCUCCCUCCAUCGUCUCGUAUGUGGAGUGGUUUUUGUCUUAUUCUAGUUCAUGUAGGUCGUUGAUAUGAUUCGUUUUGCAUAUAAUUACCUUGUAUUGAGUGAGACGUCUCGCGCCGGGAUUCCUGUGGUGAAGCCUUCAUGUUUCCACGUUGGUUCAAUAUUUUUGUACUUAAAUUAUUUUCGUGAAAACGUUUGUUAUUGUGGACAAAAUGCCUGCAGUUUUCGCAUACGUUCCAUGUUGUUUGUCCCUCGAUUUCUUUGAUCAUAUCAUUUACAGAGAAACCUGCAAGAAGUUGAAAAAUGCAUCUAUCCGACACCCUGCGAACGACCCGCAAACACGUCUUUUUUGACGAGUGAAUGAUCAUCCGGGAACUGAUUUUUCGGGGAAACUUUUGGCGGGAAAAGCAUCAGCGCGCGUGACAUGUUGAUAAAAUUGAUACCAGAGUUGUUGCCUAGUACGGUUUUUAGUUUUUUUUCGUGUAGUUCAUGGGUUGUCAUACAACAUUAAUUCAUCUUUCAAUUUUUCAACUUGAUGCGAUACUGGUGUACACCAUUGUCCAAUAUGGAUUAUUAUUCAGGAUUUUUUUACGAGCCUUUCGACAUUGUAAAUAGCCUCCCAGAUGGAUGUUGUGUUGUUUCUUUGUGCGUGAGGUAACCAAGCCACCACAGGAAGCCCGACUAGAGACAAACUAGAUGCUAUACUGCCGUUGACUCUCUUUUGCACGAGUGCUGGACUCGGAAAGUUUUCGAAACCUUUUUAAACUUGUUUGCACUUCUCCUCACGCCUCGUGGCACAGACCUCUAAUGAAUCCAGCCACCACUGGGCACGAUCGUCAUUUCCACUUUGUCCAACCAAGUCCCUUUCAAUCACUGAAAACGCAGGAAGCCCGCACUCAUGCAAGAGAGAGUUCACGACAUCAGCUCCUCUGUAUAAAGCGGUUGUUUGGGCGUCGUCUUAGUGCACACACGCUUGUUGUGUAGCCACGUGACAGUGUUGUAAACAUCACGUGACAGUGUUGUAAACAUCACGUGAAAGUGUUGUAAACAUCGUCUGUCCUCAUCAUAGUCUGUGAAAGGGCGGGAGGAUAAGGGCUUGUCAAGAUAGAUUCUACUAGAACCACGAAAUCUUCUACAAAUCAGACGAAAUGUGCUCGAUAUUUGUAAAUUUCUUUCCUUGUUGACUUGGAAAACACUCGAACCAACUCAAUGCACUGGUAGCUACCAAAGAGAUGGUUAGGCACAUUUCGGCUAGAGCGUCAUAGUGUUUGCGCACCACUUUGUAGCGGUUAGAUUACGCGUACGUCGCAUAGAGCACAUCUAAAACAAGGUACAUUUCAUCCAAUUUAAAGAGGAUUUCGCGGUUUAUUAGAGUUUAGAUCACAGACUCCUUUCCUCCUGCGCUUGGUUUGUGCUAAGCGUACUCUCCUCACUUCUCCGUGUGUACACAUGACAAGCCUGAGCGUAUUUAUCAAAUAAAGACAUGCAGUUUAUACUGACAA